UAAUAAUGGGACUCGGGGGGAACACCGAGAUGCCUCUCACCUCUUUUGUCUCCCUUUCAUCUCCUCCACACACUUUUGACUUCAAACGCAAGCCUCAUGCAUCAUGAGAUGGUUAUGAUAGGGAUGAUGGUAAGCCAUCAUGUCCACGCCAUGCCCAUGCCAUCUUCAUGCCCAGCCACUCAGGCUGAAGGAAAAUAUCAUAGCCACGUAUGCACGCAUUCUUUUGCUAGGAGACCGGCUAAAGAUCUCUCUUUCUCUCUCUACUUUCUCUCUCUAUACUCCACAUACUUCCACAACUACAGCCUCUUAAAAUCUAAAGAAACAAGGAGCCCAUAAAGCUUACACAAAUAAAAAUCUUAGCUUUCAUCUCCAGAGGGAAAAGCACAGAAAAAUCGGGGAAUCAGUGUGGGAGAGUUUCCGGAAUUUCUAAAUUCUCACACCGAAGAAUCAGAAUAUCUGUUUGUACCAUACAAAAUCAGUGUAAAUUGAAUCUAUGAAUGUUUACUGUUCAGAGGCAAGGAGGAAUUUGUAGUUGGGACAGGAACACUGGUGAAAAUUAAUUUUUUUUUGUUGGGAGAGGUGCAAUAGUUCCCUCUUUUUUUCUUGGAUUCUUUUAAUACAAUUUUUUGUAAUGCAUUUGGGCUCACUGCUUCUUGUUAAUUGAUUAUUUCAGAGACUUGGGGCCGUGCAAUGCGGGGAACGGUGAAGUACGAUAUUUUGGUACUUGAUUGGUAGCUGUCGAAGUGGAAGUUAGUGGCUUUUAGUGUUGGUUCUGUUGUGUGUUACUUCUUGUAAUUGGCAUCAAAGGAAGAUAUUUAUAUGGCUAGUUCAUGUGAAAGAUGGAUCGAUGGUCUCCAAUUCUCCUCAUUGUUCUGGCCCCCCCCGCAAGAUGUGCAGCAACGGAAGGCUCAAAUUACUGCCUAUGUUGACUACUUCGGUCAGUUCACAUCAGAACAAUUCCCUGAAGAUAUUGCUGAGUUGAUUCGGAGCCGUUAUCCGUCAAAGGAACAGCGCCUUUUUGAUGAUGUCUUGGCAACGUUUGUUCUUCAUCAUCCGGAACAUGGGCAUGCUGUCGUUCUUCCAAUUAUUUCGUGUAUCAUUGAUGGUACACUGGUGUAUGAUAGGUGUACUCCUCCUUUUGCCUCUUUCAUUUCCUUGGUCUGCCCAAGCAGCGAGAAUGAGUAUUCUGAACAAUGGGCUCUGGCAUGUGGGGAGAUUUUGCGAAUUUUAACUCAUUACAAUCGCCCAAUUUACAAGGUGGAACAUCAGAGCAGUGAAGCAGAUAGAAGCAGCAGUGGCAGGCAUGCUACAACAAGUGACUCUGUAGAUGGGAAAUCCUCUCAAGGACCGUUACUACAAAAUGAGAGGAAACCUUCAAGGCCUUUGUCUCCCUGGAUUACUGAUAUAUUGCUUGCUGCACCUCUGGGUAUCAGAAGUGACUACUUUCGUUGGUGCGGCGGUGUUAUGGGGAAAUAUGCAGCUGGAGAACUAAAGCCACCUUCAACUGCUUCUACUCGUGGAUCUGGAAAGCACCCCCAGCUCAUUCCAUCAACUCCAAGGUGGGCUGUUGCUAAUGGUGCAGGUGUGAUAUUAAGUGUUUGUGAUGAAGAAGUAGCUCGCUAUGAGACUGCAACUUUAACAGCAGCUGCAGUUCCUGCACUUCUGCUUCCUCCUCCAACAACAGCUUUGGAUGAGCAUCUAGUUGCUGGGCUUCCAGCCCUGGAGCCAUAUGCUCGCCUAUUUCAUCGCUACUAUGCAAUUGCUACUCCAAGUGCCACACAACGACUUCUUCUAGGACUACUGGAAGCACCACCAUCAUGGGCUCCAGAUGCUCUUGAUGCUGCAGUACAGCUUGUGGAACUUCUUCGGGCAGCUGAAGAUUAUGCAUCAGGCAUGAGGCUCCCAAGGAACUGGAUGCAUUUGCAUUUCUUGCGUGCAAUUGGUACUGCAAUGUCCAUGAGAGCAGGGAUUGCUGCAGAUGCUGCUGCAGCAUUACUUUUUCGCGUACUUUCACAGCCUGCAUUGCUUUUUCCUCCUCUAAGACAAGUCGAAGGAUUUGAAUUUCAGCAUGAACCUUUAGAUGGUUAUAUUUCAUCCUACAAGAAGCAGAUAGAAGUGCCUGCAACUGAAGCAACUAUUGAAGCCACUGCCCAAGGGAUUGCAUCAAUGCUUUGUGCACAUGGUCCCGAGGUUGAAUGGAGAAUUUGCACCAUAUGGGAAGCUGCUUAUGGCCUAAUUCCUUUAAGUUCCUCAGCUGUUGAUCUUCCUGAAAUUAUAGUUGCAACCCCAUUGCAACCUCCCAUUUUAUCAUGGAACCUUUAUAUACCCCUUCUUAAAGUCCUGGAAUAUCUUCCUCGUGGAAGUCCAUCUGAAGCAUGUCUCAUGAAGAUAUUUGUUGCUACAGUGGAAUCAAUUCUUCAGAGGACAUUUCCAGCUGAGUCCUCCAGAGAAAAUAUCAGAAAAACAAGAUACCUUUUUGGAAUAGGGUCUGCCUCCAAAAACCUGGCUGUGGCUGAGCUUCGUACAAUGGUCCAUGCACUAUUUCUAGAAUCAUGUGCAUCUGUAGAGCUUGCUUCACGCCUUCUUUUUGUUGUGUUAACCGUUUGUGUCAGUCAUGAAGCUGCUCAGCAGAAUGGAAGCAAAAGACCAAGAGGUGAAGAUAGCCAUCUUUCUGAGGAAAUCACCGAGGACUUGUCAGAUGCAUCUGGAAAUCAGAGAGACACGAAAACCAGAAAAAUGAAAAAACAAGGGCCUGUAGCAGCUUUUGAUUCUUAUGUUCUUGCUGCUGUUUGUGCUCUUGCAUGUGAACUUCAAUUAUUCCCUUUGAUUGCUAGGGGAACUAAUCAUUCAGCCUCUAAAGAUGUACAGAUCAGAGCAAAGCCUGCAAAAUUAAAUGGAUCUUCUAGUGAAUUCCGCAAUAGCAUUGACUCUGCCAUUCGUCAUACCCACAGAAUAUUAGCAAUUUUAGAGGCACUCUUUUCACUGAAGCCAUCUUCUGUUGGCACCUCUUGGAGUUACAGUUCAAAUGAAAUUGUUGCUGCUGCUAUGGUUGCUGCUCAUGUUUCUGAACUAUUCAGACGAUCAAAAGCUUGUAUGCAUGCCCUCUCUGUCUUGAUGAGAUGCAAGUGGGAUGAAGAAAUCUACACCAGGGCUUCUUCACUCUAUAACCUCAUUGACAUUCAUAGCAAAGCUGUUGCAUCCAUUGUCAACAAGGCAGAACCACUAGAAGCACACUUAAUUCAUGCAACAGUUUGGAAGGACAGCCCUGGGCAUAAAGAUGGCAGCAAAGAAGAUGACUGUGCAAGCACUAGCUGCUUCAAAUCAGUGAAUCCCUUGCUUCUGCACUCUGAAGAUUCAGCUUAUUCAAAAAGUUUACCUCAAUUUGAGAAAGCACCACAUUUAAAUGAAGGCACAGGAAAUAGCUUGGGUAAAGGUAUUGCAAGCUUCCCAUUAGAUGCUUCAGAAUUGGCCAAUUUCCUCACUAUGGACAGGCAUAUAGGAUUUAGUUGCAGUGCACAAGUUCUUCUAAGAUCAGUACUCGCAGAGAAACAAGAGUUAUGUUUCUCUGUUGUUUCACUUCUUUGGCACAAGUUAAUUGCAGCCCCAGAAACAAAACCUAGCGCAGAAAGCACUUCUGCCCAACAAGGAUGGAGACAGGUGGUUGAUGCGCUAUGCAACGUCGUAUCAGCAUCACCGGCAAAAGCAGCUACAGCAGUUGUUCUUCAGGCUGAGAGGGAAUUGCAGCCUUGGAUUGCUAAAGAUGAUGAUCUAGGUCAGAAGAUGUGGAGAAUCAACCAAAGAAUUGUAAAAUUGAUCGUGGAGCUAAUGAGGAAUCAUGAUAGACCUGAAUCGCUAGUAAUUUUGUCAAGUGCUUCAGAUCUUCUUCUACGUGCCACAGAUGGAAUGCUUGUGGAUGGAGAAGCAUGCACGUUACCUCAAUUGGAGCUUCUGGAAGCAACAGCUAGAGCAGUUCAACUUGUACUGGAAUGGGGAGAAUCUGGAUUGGCUGUUGCAGAUGGCCUUUCAAACCUGUUAAAGUGUCGUGUACCAGCUACCAUCCGAUGCCUUUCUCAUCCAAGCGCACAUGUCCGUGCCCUCAGCACAUCAGUUCUUCGUGAUGUUCUGCAAAGUGGCUCAAUAAAACCUCAUAUCAAACAAGGGGGCAGAAAUGGCAUCCACUCUUAUCAGUAUGUAAAUUUAGGCAUCAUUGACUGGCAAGCAGAUAUUGAAAAAUGCUUGACAUGGGAAGCUCAUAGCAGGCUAGCUACUGGAAUGACUAAUCAAUUCCUUGAUGUUGCUGCCAAGGAACUAGGCUGUACUAUUUCCAUUUAACAUCAACUAAGAUUUGGCAACCUCUCUUGUUUUUAUGAAUAUAUUCAUUUCCAGUGAGACUUACAAAUAGAAACAACAUAACCAAUCGGCUUGGGGAUGUUGGUAGGCCAGAGGAAUAACUGAUUAAUUCUGUUAUUCUAGUUAUAAAGCCACAGAUGCCACUACAAUCCUCAUGCAAGGACAAUUGAUGUACAGUUAGACUGUAGACUGGGCCAAAAUGGGGCUUUGUAUCGUGUUGUAUUAAUUUCAACUCUGCCCAGGUUAGUUUCUUCUGUUAUAGGCCUGAAUCACUUCAUGUAAUUUGGUUACCUUUGACAGAGAUGGCAAAAUCAGGUGGUAGCAUCAUGUUGAAUAGAUUCCACAUCGGCUACAUUUUGAAAAA